UCUUUCUCAGGUACUACCACCCACCGACGCUUGGAAACACAACCGUACAGAUCCUCCAUCAGGCUGGAGAUCUGCUCGGGGGAAACAGGAGCGAGGUGGCGGCGGGAUACGCUCUCAACGCCCUCCCCGAAACCGUCAUCCAUUGCACUCGAGAGAGGCCGCUCCUCUGCAUGCUGCUGAUGCUCGGGACGUUAUGGAUGGGCUACACCCUGUACCAGUUCAAAAGGAGCCCGUUCCUGCAUGUCAAAGUGAGGGAGGUGAUGUCGGACUGCGCUCUGCCGAUCUCAGUGCUCAUGUUCUCCUUCAUCGGCUCCUACAUUUUCAGUGACAUUGACCUUCCAGUUUUUAAAGUUCAUGACCGGCCCGUCUUCAGGGUGGCUCCAUUUGAGCGUCUGUCGGCCCUCAACGUGGUCAGCGCCAUGGGCCUGGGCUUCCUCCUGGCCCUCCUCAUCUUCAUCGACCAGAACAUCGUCGUCUCGCUGACCAAUGCUCCAGAGAACAGGUUGCUGAAGGGCACGGCGUAUCACUGGGACCUGAUGCUCUCUGGGCUCAUUAACAUCCUGAUGUCGGUGCUGGGGUUGCCCUGGAUGCACGCCGCCUUCCCCCACUCCACCCUCCAUGUGCGCCAGCUGGCGUUCGUGGAGCAGCGUGUGGAGGGAGGGCACCUCUACGAGACUAUCGUCCAGGUGAAGGAGACGCGGCUGACGUCUCUGGCUGCCAACAUCUUCAUCGGCGUGUCGGUGCUGCUGCUGCCCCUCCCGCUGCAGUGGAUCCCCAAACCCGUCCUGUACGGCCUGUUCCUCUACAUCGCCCUCACCUCCAUUGACGGAAACCAGAUGUGCGACCGCAUAGCUCUCCUCCUCAAGGAGCAGACCUCCUACCCUCCGACCCACUACAUCCGCAAAGUGCCCCAGAGGAAGAUCCACUACUUCACCUUCCUGCAGAUGAUGCAGCUGCUGGUGCUCUGCACGUUCGGCAUGUACCCCAUCCCGUACAUGAAGAUGAUCUUCCCUCUGCUCAUGAUCAUGUUGAUUCCAAUCAGGAACAACGUGCUUCCUCAUAUCAUUGAGGCCAAAUACUUGGACAUAAUGGAUGCCCAACACAUGUAGCGACAGCUGGAGACAAGUUCUGGAUCCACAAGAAAACCGUCUGGAAUUUGAAGGGAAAAAAAAUAAUACAAAUACGGAUUUAAAAAUAUUUUUCAAUGCAAAACUGUUUGGAAGCAAAAAGGAGAGAUACCGACUAUUUUGAUUUUUGUAUCUGAUAAGAACAUUCUUGCAGGUGAAAAUGGGAAGUGAUGUGAGAAAGAGAGAUGAGGAGCAGUGGGAAUUAUUUCCAAAUGUGGACGGACAGCCUCUCUUUGGGAAAGUUCUGCCAAAAAAAAAGGAAAGUCCAGAACCCUGUUUCCCCUCUGUUUGACCCUGUCAGCCUGUCAGUGACAUAUACCUCCAUGUUCCUCCACAUUUUACAAAACCCUUACUGGAGUGUAGUCAUCUGUGUGUUAAGCUAUGGGUUAGUGCUUCAAGUACUCACUAAUACUGUGUAAGUAUUAAACAAUUCUGCCAUUAUAGAGAGGCUUAUUUGCACAAUGUAAGCAUGAACACUCGCAUUGUGUUUUUACACCGUCAUUCUACAUGCUUACACUGUGUUGCUAAGUACUUAAACACUUCUCCGUGGGUGAAUUAACGCUGCAUUCAAACCACUGCAAAGUAAAUGUGUACCCUUUGUAAUUCUGUCAUUGUGCAGUGUGAAAACCGUUACAUUCCUGCACCUUUUAUCCGUGAUUCCCCCCUUUUUACUAUGAAGGACACUUGUGCUUAUAGUUUCUAAGACAUUCCAAGAAAAUGCAGCAUUCACUAAGGAGGUAAAAGGAACGUGUGUGAGUAUGUGUGUGUGUCAUAGCCACACUACUAAGCUACUUUAUCCGUCUAGCUUCUUGCCAGGUCUUUCAGAAACCUCAUUUCUAAAGCUGCAUUCACAUCAGCUCUUUGCCUUGCUGAAAACAACUAGUUGGUUUAGUUGUUAUUGUAACGUCCCCUGCUAGCUUGCACCACCAACUACAGCUGUCAUCUGAUUGGUUUCUUGUCGAACGGUCAGCGCGAAACGAGAUAAAAAGCUUGGCCACAAUUUUCGAGCGAUGUCAGGCGACAAAUUCUAGCGAAGUUCAGCGAAAAAUUUGAGCGAUGUCCGGCGACAAGUUAGAGCGAUGUGAAUGCGGCUUUGGGUGGAAUUACUCGGCUGAAUAAAAUAAAAUAACAUUCCACAGUUAUAUAUAUUUUGUAAUUAUUUAGAGCAACAGCACAAACCAAACUAUAUUGUGAAAUCUUUAUCAAAUUAUGAAUAUAUUAGAAUAUAUUAUGGCAAUAUACAAAUAUAAAUAUUUAUUUAUCAUUAUGACAGUUUAUCUUUUAAGUAAAAUAAUGAGAAUUGUUUGUGUUUAAGCUGAAACGGAAAGUAGUUUGUAAUUCUCUGUUUGCUCCUUCACAUUCCUGAUCCACAGUUACUGAUUGUUGAAUUUUAGCGUCUUGUCUUACAUCAGGCUGUGCCGCUGUGUUUACACAUCAAAGUCAUUCCAGUUCAUGUCGAAGUCCAACACCGUUCUGGUGCAUCGGUAGUAAAGAUGAAAGGCAGGUAAAGGUAAAAAAAAAACUAAAAAAGAUUACAAAAAACCUUUAAAAAAACUAUUUGUGAGCUUUGGAUUAAACAAAGUGCAUCCUAUUUUUGUUUUAUUUUGUGAACAAGUGUUCAAAGAUGAGUUUUAGAAUAAUCUGGUCUUGUUUUCUAUUUAGAUGUUAAGAUUAGAUCAAUGCUUGCAAACGUUGUCAUGUAAAAAAUCCAGACGUCUGGAAAGAUUAUCUUGUUAUCUACAGUACAAAAAAUAAAACACAAAAAAAAGACCAUUUAUUUUAGCAGACACUGUUUAGCCUAAAGCAUGUCUAAUCUGGGUUUUUGAUACGAUGUAAUGCUAUAGACAUGUAUCCAAAAGACUAACAAAUCAAAUAUUCAGCAAUACUGUGUACAAACUGGUGAGAUUCAGGUUUCACAGCGGAAGUGGUGAAACAAAAGCAAACCGUUGCAUUUCUAAGACUUUUAGUUCAUCUUUAAUAAAACUACUCUGUGCUGAUUCAAUUAUUUCAAACAUCAAGGAGAAAAACAAAUGUUUGCCCGUGAACAAAGCAUUCACAGCGCUGGGUUUUUAUUACUGUUUACUUGCUUUCCCAAAGUCCAAAUGGCAGCUCCCUCAUGCAUAAUGUUCAACUUUGUCUUACAGAUGUGAGAGAGAUGUCCAAUUUAAGCAGAUGUCUCAUGCCGAGAUAGCAAGGCAUGAAAGGAAAGCUCGGAAGCAUUUGCAUAAUCCUUUGGAUUAAGGCUUAAAACAGCUCUGGCGAGAGAGAUGUGAGGUAUGAAGUAAUAUGUACAGUUUGAAAUGCAAAGUUUAGUUUUUAUCAAGUAUCCAUUAUAAUCCACGGCAAGGUAUUAGUUUCUAACUUUGGACAGAGUACAGAGAUUUAACCAUUCUUCUUCUUACGUGACAGUAUUGUUGUUGUUCCUUGAUAUCUUCUCCGUGCUGAUGAUUUUGGAAUAGCAGCAAACUUCUCUCAGAGGGCCUGACUUCAGAUUCAGAGCGAUAUUCAGAUUCAGACGUUUGUGAAACCUUGACUCCCCUCCUCCUGAUUGGAUUUGUUUGAAAUUGCGUACUGUGGUGUUUUUGCUUUUCUUUUCCUGAUUUCAUAUAGCCUACUUUUUCUAAUCAUGAAUGUAAGAUGUUUGGGUUUUUAUAUAGCAUAAUCAUUUAGGUGUCGAACAGAAACUGUAAUUUUGUCCAAAAGAUCAGCUAUAUUUGUAAGCUGUAAUAUGUAAAAUGAGAAAAAAUGGUUAUAAAACAGAAUGUGUUGGUUUAUUAUAGUAUAUAUAUACUGUACACUGAAAAAGAGAAACUAUCUCAAGCUGUUUGCCAAAUAAAAAGUAGUAGUGAUGUAAAUGUU